AUGGCCGGCGCCAGCCUCCCAGAAACGGGCCCGGAGCCGCGGCGGUCGGGGCCGCCGCCAGCGCUGCAGGGCACCUGCGUCCACAGCCGGUCUCCAACGGUGGACAACAGUGGAAGGUGGACUGUGGUGGACAGCGCGGUGGAGACAGUGCCAGAGGGGGUCUCACGAGUGCCGCGAGUGCCCGCCGGAGUGUCGGAUUCCGAGUGGAGAGGAGUGACUGGAGGAGUGUUCGGAGUGUCACAGGGAGUGUCGAGAGUGCCGCCUAGCGAUAGAUGGAGACCGAUCAUCCCUCCAGGAACUCGGGACCUGGCUGUAACAUCACGAGAAGUCGCAUCCAAUGGCCCUGAGCUGGUCUCAGCAGAAACAUCACACAAAAACACCUCGAAGAGCACGCAAACAUCAGAAGAAGUCCACGAUCCUGACAGCGACAUGAGUGACGUCGAUGACAUCGACGCCCCAGAAGAAGACGUCGAAAUCCUCGACAGCACGCCGAUAACCUCCGCCACAAUGGCGAGGAUUCAAAAAUCCCUCAUCUAUGCUUCCUCUCAUGGUGAUCAAGGAACCCCUUCAGACGUCAUCAGUUCCCUAAAUGACGUCAUAUCCAGUGGACACUCCAAGUCCUCCAUCGUCCCCGGUCCCACACCUUUUCCAGUAUACGACCGUCGCUUUACCGGCAGUCGAGCGCUCUUUCCACAAAGACGACGCCGUCCAACGAGACUCCGCCUCUGGCCUAACGGUGUCAUUCCCUACAGCAUAUCCUCCAACUACAGCUCCUCGGAGCGGGAGCUCAUCAACAGGGUCUUCCGGCUCUUCGAAACCGUCACCUGCCUUCGCUUGGUGCCUCGAACUAGCGAGAAGGACUACGUGCGUAUCACUCCCACCGGUCGAUGUAGCGGAGAAGUGGGACGCCGCGGAGGACGCCAGAAGAUCAGCCUGCCACACUGGUGUCUCAGUUUCGGACACGCUGCACACGAGCUGAUGCACACAGCAGGGUUCUGGCACGAACAUCAGAGACCGGACCGGGAUCAGUUCGUCAGGGUGCUGUGGGACAACAUCAAGCCACGACAUCGUCGGGCCGACUACGGCCGGAGGGUCUGGGAGGAGCUCGGCGAGGGCAGCUGGCUGGGUCCGUACGACUUCCGCUCGAUCCUGCAUUACUCGGGACGCGGCUCGGCUGUGGAUAGCACCAAACCCACCAUGGUGGCCAGACAGGGUGGUGUCAAGCUGGGAGGCAACGGCAACCUCACGGACAUCGACAUCUGGAAGAUAAACACGCAGUACCACUGCUGGCAGCGUCGAGUGGCCAACUCUUUGUAUGAGUUUGGUGACAAUCGGCUGGGAGGACGGGAAGGCAGGCGGUUCGGCAGACUUGUGACGAAGGAGGAAAGCACGAGAAAUAGUCCGAAGGCGUCCUCAGAGCAAGGAGAAAAUAAUACAAAGAAGAUCUUGCAGACACAAGGGACAGCAACGUUCACGAGCAAGACAAAGUCCACAGAAGAGGUGCUGGGUGCCAUCAAGGAGUUGGUUGAAUACAGGAACAGGAAAACACCAACUGCUAAAGAGCAGAUCCUUGCCGAUAAUUCAGCUUCAAACGUCAAAGGAGGCGAAGCGAGCAUAAUUCCUAGUUCGAUAGCCCGACACGUUAAACCAGGGCCCAGCAAAGUGGAGGUGAUAGCUUCAAUAUUGCAAGGCAAGUCUAUUCAUUCAUCAAACUAUCACGUACCAGACACCUCAGAAAACAGAAAUAUUGAAGACGCUGGUAAAAACGGGGAGGCCUCGGUAAGACCAGAAGAUCAGCAUUUCACAUCUGAUCUGGAGGGCGCACAACACACAUCUCAAAGUGAUGAUCGAGAAACAACCGGGUCUGCGGCACCUUCCACUAGGCCAUCACACCGCCAACGAUAUGAAUUCAGAGCGCAAGGAUCUUCCAGCAGGACGGAAUCAUCACACUUAGACCUACAUUCAGUAGCGAAGCAUGUCUCUGUGUUAGGAAAUGAGGAAGCUACAGAUUCAUCACAACUAAAGGUUUCCAGAGGGCAUCCAAAUCCACACCAGGUCACGUCAGUACCGGAGAGUCAGAUCGCUGCGACACCUCCACCCACCCCUCUGACACGUCUCAGAGUAGUCGUCAAGCUGAAGGACCUGCUGAAACCCACGGCGACCUCACCAACAAGUACAACACCCCCUACGAGAACUGAAGCUACAGCAUCUCCUAGCGGCAGGCAGCGUGACUUCGACAGGGUGGUAAUUUCACUCACCGAUCUACAGAAGCUCAGGGCCAGCAGACAACAAGAUCGGGGAAGGAUUCUUCAGCAACAUCAGCAACAGCCAACUGAGCCACAGGCUCAACAGAACCAAAGAACAGUCGUGAGUUAUCAGCUACCUCAAUUGCCACAGCGUGAAAACAAUGAGGCUCGGGCGAGCCCCGGAAACUUCCAGAGAGCUCAAAGAAAGCUUCCGGAUAACAUUCAGUACAAUCAACCAGCCUCUUCUUCAUCCAGCUCCAGCAUCAACAAGAACAACCCGUUCGGUCACAUCGGAGGAUUCCGUAUCGGAGAUCGCUGGUUCUUUUCCAGAUCUCCAACCAGUCAACAGACUGAUGACGUCACUACUGAGCAAAGCGUCGGCAGAGAUGACAAUCCUUUCAGACACAUAGGAGGGUUCAAAGUCGGGAAUGAAUGGCAUUUUGUUAGGAAUCAUCGCCGAACAAAGCGAAGCUGGUUGCAAAGGAGGCAAAAAUUGUAAUUCCGUUCGACGAAUAGAUAAAUUCCUAACUAGCGUUCAGAGUUAAAUAUGACGCAACAUAUCAUUCAUUGUUCGAAGUACGUGUCGAAGCGGAAGGAGGGAAAGUGAGUGUAAACUGCACAAGGACAAAGGAACACGAAAGAACAAGUUGGAGGGCGAAACAAGUUCAACGUUGACAGCAAGCAUGUGGGUUGAAAGCUGAUAGGUAUUGUAUCCUUGAGUGAGACACGCUCAUUGAACUAGGUCGCGUUACAAUGUGGUAUGUGUGUUGUGUAAGGUGGGCAGGCGGCAAAAGAUCCCAUUUGAUGUAAGGAAUUCUCGGUGCCAAUGAACUUACCGGAUCUCGAUUUUGCUGAUGGUGAAUGCACGUAAAUAUUCGACCAGUGGUUACUGCCAAGCAAUGCAACCAAAAACGUUGUGAAUGCUCAGCCUGAAGUCAUGAUGAAUCAAGCACUGCCAUGCCAAAAAGUGUUUUGCGGCACGAAAUUCACAUUCCCGAAUUUCGCGCUGUGAACGCAGGUCGAUCUAUUUCACCGGCCCUCACGCAAUGAAGCCACCUGGCUAUGACAAGACACGUGUAUGUCAGCUCAAAACCACCUCAAAACACGGCCACUUCUUUUGUUUAAAUUCAUACCCAACAGCGACCUAGAUUGACAAGAUCAAAACGCGUGUCUGCCGUUAUUUAGUUCGAGUUCGGUCCCUGAAUCAUGCAGAAACACAAAGAAGUGUAUGUUUAUGCUAGAGAUGCUCCGUCGUUAUUCCUUUUAUGUGAUCGCGUGCCAUAUUGUUUGAAAUAUUACGGUGCUGUCGAGUGUCGAGGACUUUAUGCAUGAACCACAAUGUUUGUUGCAAUGAGCUUGUUAGAUAAUGCGGCUGCCUGAGUGCUAAUGUGAUGUAAGCCACAAAAGGCGUACAAUACUAUCAGCUUCCUGCUGAAACAAUGGCGUUACAAGUGUCGCGAAUCGAGCACGAAUUAAUUGUCCCAGUCUUUACUAAAGAAUGAUUCAAUGAAAUCUGCCACUGUUAGAAUUUAUGUAUUUCAUGAAGUGUGCCUAAAAAAAACUGGUUUUGAGCUGGCUCAAUUACGUGCAAAAAUGCCUCACGAUCAUGAACAUGCAUUGAUUCAUAUGGGUAUUAUGUAAACGCUCGUUAGUGGUAGCUUGAGCUUUAAGUUGCACUUGUCACGUAAUGAAACCGCAUCCAUUGACGCAUGAGCUGGUCUACGGAGUCCUCAUUCGAAAAAUAACUUUUAUUGUGGGCACGCGAUAAUUUUUGGUACUCGAAAUUUAGAGUGAGCUUGUUGCAUGUGCCUGUUACGCAAACAGUAUUGCCUGGUGAGGAUUUCGGUGCGUUUAACUGAAGACGAAAGUGAAACAUUGAUUUACAACGCAAAAUGCUGAUGGAAAAUAACAGUAGAAAUGUAAAUAUACCAUGUACGUAUAAAACGUUACUGUCGCAGUGCUUUCAUAUUACGUUGUUGAAUAAACUGCAUGAGUUCAAU